UACAGUUUCGUUGUUUACAUAUAUUGCAUGGUACCGAUUGUAGUAGUUUUCUUCGUUGUAAUAUAAUCUUUUGGCGUCAUUUUGCACUAUUAGUCAUUAUGUUUCGGGAACGGAUGUUUUUAUCGUUGUAUUAUUGAUUUAGUGAUUAAUACUCUCUAUCAAUGGCAGAUUCGGAAAUAGUAAAUGAUCGAACUCCAUUGUUAGAACGGAAAAGCAGCAUUAAUAGCAUUGAUUCUUUUAAUAAUGUAGGUUUUCGAUCUUUAGAAAAUGAUGAUAUGAAAAUUAAAGCUGUCAUAGAUACUGAAAAUGCGAAAUAUGGUAUUACUAAUGUCAUUGAUGUAAUAGGAGAUUCAGACCACAUGCCGCCUAACAUAGGAAACGGCUUGGAUAAUCCGGAUUUUGCUGACAUUGUUUGCAUAUUUUCGGUUGCUUUCGAUACUCGAGCUGGUAACAUCAUUGAAUGGUAUCUUCCUAAUGAUUGCAAUGUUGAUGGCAUUGAAUUUCGAGCUAUGGCAAGUGGAUCGCAUAGAGUUCAAACUGAUUUUAUUUAUUUCAAGCGUGGGCAGUUAUACGGCUUAGCUUGUUUUGAAAACAUGCCUGUUGAUAAUGCAUUUGAAAGAGGUGCAAGAAUGAAGUCAGUUGGAGUAUUAGCUGUCUCAUAUACUUCUCUUCAUUAUCACAUGAACUUUUUGAAGAAACAAGUCAGGCAACUUCUUGAAAAUCCUGGUUCAUAUGCUGAAAUGGAGGCAUAUUAUGAAACCCAUAAAGGCUCUUUUCCAACUUUCAGUGCUUUUUCUGAUGCAGACAAUAUUAAAUUAUGGAACAAUAUUAUGCCUUUAAUGAAGAUCACUCAUCCAGCUGGUUGUUUUUCACAAUUUUUGAAUUUCUUCAGUGAGAGAAUUUUUGUUUUGUGGAAAUUAGCAUUAUUGAAAAAGCGUAUUAUUUUCUUUUCCCCUCCUCCAAUUGGUGUUGUUUGCUAUAGGGUUUACUGUACUAUAUCUCUUACUGCACACCAUAUGUCAGAAUUAGGCUACUGGUGUGCCCAACCAUUCUUCUAUGUCAACAUAGCUGAUAUGGAUAACUUAGAUUCUGAGAAAGUAUUUGUGGCUUGUACUACAGAAAAAAUAUUUCAAUCAAAAACAAACCUCUACGAUUUAUAUGUAGAUAAUCAAAAUUUUAUUAGUGAUAUUCCUAUGAUCCAAAAACUCAUGUGUACUAGUUAUGCUGAUAAGAAGAAAUAUGAAGAAUUAUGUAAACUGCAAUCUGAAAUGACCACUUGUCAGAAUGGGGGAAUAAGUUCUCAUGAAGAAAAUGAAACAUGGUUCAUGAGGUAUUUCAUGAAUUUGAAUGACAGGUUGUUUCGCACACUUCUGGAUGUUUCCAAGUCUGAAGACAAGCAAUGGACGAUAGAACAUAUGCAUACUGUUGGUCUUGAUCCUGUCAAUGAUCGGACUUUUAUUAUGGAAUUAGUUGAUACUUAUGGCAUCGAUAUUGUGGCUGCUCCUGACACUUUGUGUUGCUCGCCUUAAAUUGUGAUUAACCAUGUAUUAAGAAGAUAUUUCAAUUUCUUCUGUAUUCAUAUUGAAUUGAAUGCAGUAGAAUUAUUCCUUGUGUAAAAUGUACAUUUUUAUGUAUCUGUAUGGAGUUUAAAAAAAAUGCGUGUUAACAUUCCAUGUUCAUAAAAUAUAUUUAAAAAGCUAUAUUAUGUUGUAAAAUGGAAAUGCAGUGAGUAUUUAUUGUUAGAAAUAUGUAAAUGUUUACUCUUUUACCCUUGUUAUAUUAUUAAAUAUUUUUUUAUGUGACAAUUUUUUGUAAAAUUUUUAAAAUCUUUAUUGUGUUAUGUUUUAUAGAUUACAAAUAUUCACUCUUUUGAAUUCAUUUUUACUGUAAAUAAUUUCAGAAGUAUAUAAACAUUUUUGUUUGUUUGUUUGUUUGUUUGCAUUUAACAAUAUUCAACCCAGAUUUUGUUUUUGGAUUUUUGGUGGUUGAUCUGAUGGGGAAUCUUUUUUUUUUCUUCUAUGUAUUGUAUAGCUAGAAAUAUUAGUUGCGCCCAAAUUAAAAAGAGAUAUAGUUAAAAUUAGCGAAUAUUUUAAUUGCAGUUCACAUGUAACCUAAUAUCUACACAUAAUGACUAGUUAUAUUGGUGAUUGAUCAAAGAGCAUCUCCAGUGCAGAAACUGUUGCUUGCUGAUUGAUCCAAUUUUCCUUAUUCCUUGUUUCUAGUGAAUCAUUGACAUUUUAAUGUUAUUGAUUUUUAAGGUGCCAAAAAUGUAGUAAUCACAUAAAUAGAUCCAAAGGCCAUACAGAUAUUUCACUGCUUCCUAUCAAAAUUUCUGUGUCAGGUCUUUUUCAAUAAAUGUGACCUAGCAUUGCCCAGAAAUAGGGCUGUCUCUUUUGUACACUUGUGUUCAGUGGCUUGUUUAAGCCUCAGCAGUGUGUUGUAACACCAUUAAAAAUUCAUUUUUCCAAUUUGUUCCAGUUAAUUAAUAAGUAGAAGUCUUUCUCUUUCAAAAAAGGAAUAGCAUUUUUUGUUGGUUUACAUAGCAGUAGAACAUGAGAAAUCAGUCUAUUGCUUUAUGGACAAAUUCGUUAACUCCUUGCAAACAAACAGAAUGUCAUUUCAGCAAAGUAACCCUUUUAUUUGGAUAUACCUUAUGACUUGAUCUGUUUUAAGACAAGGUCAAAUUUAAGAAUCUGUUUAAAAAAUAUCAUUAAUGUUACUAGAUUUAAAAUAACAUAUGCAGUGAUUGAAUUAAUAGAAUAUUGAAAUGGAUCUCUGUUUGCCAGAACCAUUUAAUUUUUUUUAAAAUUGAACCAUUAAAUGUUGUGCUAUUGAAUCAACAUAUUAAUAAUUUUAAAAAAUUAAAGUAAGUUAAUAGGCUUCGUCAAGAAAAGGCAAGAAUAAAAACUAAUCAAUUGGCUCUGUUUUAAAUAUGAUUUUUUUUAAUUAAAUAGAAUUUUGUUUGCUAUUAUCAAAAUUUCCCCUCUCUUAUAAGGCAAAUUUAUGCUGUUGAAUUAUUGAUAAAGAAAUGUUUAUUUACAUGUAGAAAGUGAACAGCACAUAAUUUCUGAAUAGUCCAAAUAUGAUAUCUUAAUAUAGCUUUUUUUUUUUUUUUUUUUUGAGAGAGAGAGAGAGUCUAAAUAUUAUGUCAUUAAUAAGAUGAUUAAACUUUAUAAGUGAAUUGAAAAUGAAGAAAUUGUAAGUUAUGAAUUAUUCCUAAAAGAAUACCUUUUUGAACAUUUCCUCCCCCCUCCCUUUCUCUUUGUUAUUUCUGAGGAUGUUCUCUGCCUCCAUGUUAUGUUACUUAAUGUUCGUUUAUGGUUGUUUUUUAUGUGAGUUUUAAAGCAUAAUAAAUGCUCUGCAAGAAUGUUGCAACUACAUUAGGACAUUCAAAUUGAAUGAUGCAAAUGUUAUUUUAAAGGUAUUUCUUUUAUCUGGUCUUCUAAAUGUAUUAUUAUUUGUUUUAAACUUCUGAUAUUUUGUUAUGUAAUUUAAUUUUGAAAUCUAUAAAAAAUUUUCUUGAAAAUAUUUCAAUAUCAUUUCUACCUUACUAUUUUAUGAAGCGAAAAUUCAUAAUUUUUAUUUCUGUG